CAGCACCGAUAUGUCGUCAUCGGCUCCAACAAACAGACUAGCAACCAAAAGCCUCUGUCCCGAAGACCAUCAUGCGAAGAAAAAAACUUUUCUAAACUGCUCGUGAGACUUUAAGUGUCUCUCAUCUUAUUGAUGAAAGCACCAUAGUGGCCAAUAGAGGAAAAGUUUGUGGUGCUAUGAUGAAUUUCUCUGAGGUUUUCAAGCAAUCCAACCAGCUCUGUAAAGUUUCCCCAGAUGGGAAAUAUUUGGCUACCUGUGUACAGUACAGGGUGGUGGUGCGAGACAUGAGCACCCUGCAGAUCCUGCAGCUCUACACCUGCCUGGACCAGAUAUCCCACAUGGAGUGGUCUUCUGACUCUCUCUUUAUCCUCUGUGCUAUGUACAAGAGAGGACUGGUACAGGUGUGGUCUCUCGAACAGCCAGACUGGCACUGUAAGAUUGAUGAGGGCUCAAUAGGACUAGUCUCCUCGCGCUGGAGUCCAGACGGACGUCACAUUCUCAACACCACUGAGUUCCAUCUGAGAGUCACCGUCUGGUCCCUGUGCACCAAAGCUGUGUCUUACAUCAAGUAUCCCAAAGCAUGUCAGAAGGGUAUAGAUUUCAGCAGAGAUGGCUGCUAUAUGGCCUUGGCUGAACGUCGUGACUGCAAAGACUAUGUCAGUGUAUUUGUGUGUGACGACUGGCAUUUACUCAGGCAUUUUGAGACUGAGACACAAGACCUGGCAGGUUUGGAGUGGUCUCCUAAUGGCUGUGUGCUGGCUGUGUGGGACAGCUGUCUGGAGUACAAGGUGUUGCUGUAUUCUUUGGACGGACGGUUGCUGUCCACCUACAGUGCCUAUGAGUGGUCGCUUGGUGUCAAGUCUGUAACCUGGAGCCCCAGCAGCCAGUUCCUGGCCAUUGGCAGCUAUGAUGAAAAGGUCCGCAUCCUCAAUCAUAUCACCUGGAAGAAAAUCACACAGUUUGAGCACCUAGCAACCAUCAACAACACAAAAGCACUUGUCUAUAAGGAAGUGGAGAAAAGGCCAACUGUUGGCAGUGAUGACCUGUCGCUACACAACAUCACAAUUGGCACCACCCUCUUCAACACCCAGAGCAAAUAUGAGAUCUGCCCAUUGCCAGUCCAAAUUCCUAUUGUCAAACCAGACCCAGACCGAGCCAACCCCAAGAUUGGUGUCUCUACUUUGGCAUUCAACUCAGACAGUCGCUAUCUAGCCACAAAAAAUGAUAACAUGGCCAGUGUUGUCUGGGUGUGGGACAUGCAGAAGAUGAGCCUGGUGGCUGUGCUUGAGCAGACAUCGGCUGUGCGUUGCUUUCAGUGGGACCCUCGACGCCCGCGGCUGGCACUGUGUACAGGCAACACAAAACUCUAUCUCUGGUCCCCAGCAGGCUGUGUCUCUGUCCAAGUCCCCACUGAAGGUGCUUUUCAAGUCCUGUCACUAACCUGGCACUGCAGUGGAGACUCUCUGAUCCUGCUUGGGAAGGAGCAGCUGUGUUUGUGCUACAUGGACACUGACCAGGAGGACAAGUAAACGCACAGAAACACAGGUCUCAAUAUUCACUGGAUUACAGAUCUGGCUGUUUUAACCAUGCACACUUGGACAUUAAUGUGUUAUGGAAACACUCCUCCUCCAAAUCACAACUUUAACAUGUUGAACUGUAGCUGUUCUCCAAGUUGUUUAGGCUCUCAGUGCAGGUAACUGGGAUCUUCCUUUUUGAAAGCAUGUGAUGACAUUCCUCUUGAGACAUAGAAUAAAUUAAUAUUGCUUUUUAAAUAACCAAAUGCGUACUGAAGCACUAGUUUCAAACACUGUGAGAAGAUUUUAUAGAUUGCUAUGUACUUUUAGUUUGUAGCAUUUUCUAUGUGUUGAAAUUGUGUUAUUAUUUUUGAAUAAAUCUUGUCAUAAAUAAUACAGUUUAAGGUGAAUUCCUUAAAUAUGUCCCUCUUAUCAAAACACUUGGCACACUCAGCCCAAGCAGAACUAAAUUUCCACAUCCACAAUUCUGAAAAAGUUGGGAUGUUGUAACUGUACAAAGACAGUAUAUUUUAAGUUGAUUUUUUUGUUUUUUUUGGAUAUAUACACUGAAUUCUUCAUUGGAUCCAUUUUGGGUUUGUUUUUUUGCCUUUUACACAGCGUUCAAACUUCAUGGAAUCAGAUUGUUUAAUUAAUUGAUUGUAACUGUAAUUUAAUCACUUUGUUGCUGCCCUUGACAGUAAAAACAUAAUGUAAUAAUAA